ACACACACACGCACAAACACACGCGCACAAACACGCACACAAUGCUGCAGCCUUCAGCCCGUCGUCAUGACACGUUAACAGCUUGUAUGCAUACGAGAGCAGCACAAUCUCAGCCAUUAUUACUGGCGGGAGCGAUGUAACUUUCCCCGAGAGAAGUGGGCAAAAAAAAAAAAUAAAAAAAUAAGAUCCAGUGUAACCAGUCCGCCACCUAGCUGCGGAGACGCGCCUACGGAGAUCUGUCGACUGUAUGAUUAUGAAAACACCCGCGCCAAUGUUGUUGCACAGUAGGCUCUGCGCUCCGAUGAGACCGAAACUCGGUUUUAGGGGGUGUUUUAACCUCCGCCGGCCGUAGUUAUGUAAUCAAAGCAACAUCUAAUGCACCAAAAGCUCCGGAUUGCUGCUGGUGCGAAGGGGAGAGCAGGACAGCAACACCUUAACCUCCUGCCUAAACGCAGUUGGCUCCGGGACGCGCUCUCGGCUCAAGCCUAAAAGUACAAGAGAGACCUUCCUCCGCUGGAUGAAGGAGCCUAACUGUACUGUUACAGACUGUUAAAGGAUCUUUUUUCAAAUCUCCUGACCUACACCUGCAGGCUGCUCUCAGCACUUGACCUCACCAGCCCCACCGGAGGCAUUUAAACGUGUUAUACUGGGAACCCCACAGCACCCUGUUUCUCCCCCCUGACUUCUCUGAUGGACCAGAGAGUGAAGGGGGGUACCCCUCCAACCACGAACUCCACUCUGGACCCCUCCCCUGCACCUGAAGAUGCUGACCAGGACCAAGUGGCGGAGAAAAGGAGGAGAGGUGAGGGGGAGAAUGGAGAUGUAGGGAAGAAAGAGGAGGAGAGAAGAGGAGCUGGGAAAAAGAGAGAAGGAGACAAGGGGGCAGUACUGGAGUUGCUCAUUGAGGGGCGCUGUGGAAGCGCAGGGCAGCAACAGCUUCAGAUAUCUGGCAGAGAGACUAGCUGCCCUGAGGGGAAUGUACGACUCCGGAUUGGACUCCAGGCCAAACGCACCAAGAAGCCGCCCAAGAUUUUGGAGAGCUAUGUCUGCAAGCCCACCAUCAGGACCUAUCAGAGACAGGCCAGGGGGGGACUGCUGAAGGGGGAUGGAGAGGGAGGAGCGGGCCAACAGAGUAAAACCAGUUCUACUCCAGACGAGGCAACCAGGGAGAAUCGCUCAGGCUUGGAUGCUGUCCAGACCACAUCCAAACAAACUGCAUCUGCUGCUUCACCACCAGUUGCAUCAUCAUCAUUAUCAUCGUCAUCAUCAUCUUCGUCAUCGCAGCCACUGUCUUUAUCAUCGACAUAUACUACAGCUCCUACCCCAGCCUCAGUCCCUGCCAUAGCCAGCCAAGGGACCAAGUCUGCCAAACAGGUUCCUAUCAAACUGGCAGAUAAGACAGAGGCGAAUUCAAAUGGCUCAUCUGAGAGAGUGAAGAAAGAGAAGCUUCCUAGCGUCAAUGGCCAGCCAGUACCUGCUGGACUCAAACCCUGCUCGCCCACAACAGACCAGACAGCUUCAACAACCUCUUCCACCCCAUCCAUCCAAACGCUCUCUGCGACGGAAACCAGGAAUGAAGGAAAAACCUCCAAGAAACAUAAUGGUUUGGUGCAGACAAAGAAACAGAAGGGGCUAUCGAAUGGAAAAGGCUCUGCUGACAGCCUUGGCAAUACCCCUUCUUCGAAAAUCAAAGUUGGAAAACACAGCAGUUCCUCCUCUGUUUCUCCCAUGGACUCGUCUACAAGACCUCCAGUCUCCACCAGCUCCUAUAAGAGUAGACCAGACUCUCCUUGCUCUCCCUCGGUCACCCCUAAACCACAAUCCUCCCCCACUGUGGAUCCCUCUUCGGCCCAAUCCCAAGAUCAGGAUCCCUCCCUACAGCCCUCACAAGAGAAAAAGAGAGAGAAAGAGAGGAAAGUGAAGAAAGAGAAACGGAAAGAGAAAAAAUCAAAGCGAGAUAGGUUGGAGGCUGAAAGAGCAAAGAGUGAAAGCAGAAAGGAGGAAGGCAAAAAGAAGAAAAAAGAGAAAGGGAAAGAUGGUAAAUCGAGGCACGGUAAAGAAAAGGAUGAAAGACAUAGGACUGAUGAUACAUGGAGGGAUGAACUCAAGACUGAAAGAGGAAAGGCUGAGAAAAAGAGUGAUAAGCUUACCCCAGACGGACAAAGAACAGAAGAUAAUAAUGCAAAAUGUGGUGAAACAGUUGACUGUGGUAAAUUAGAUAAAACCUCUAAAGUAGUGAACCCAGGAAGACCAGAUGAGAAGGACAGGGCGGACGACAGUUGCAAACCAGUUAAACAAGCUGAGCCAGCAACAACAACAGGUGACACCAGUAAAUCAAAAGAACAAGAUGUCUCAAGACAUUCAACUGUGCCUCCAAACCACCCCUCUUCUUCUGCUCCUCCCUCUCUGCCCACUCCUCCUGCCCGUGCCCCCGUUUCUCCCCCUUCCUCCCCCCAAGAGCAGGACAGCAGACCGCUCAAGAAACGUAAAGCCAGGCGGCCCAGCUGGACCAAGCUGGUGCACCGAGCUCAGAGGGCGGAGAAUCAGGAAGCCCCCUCAGAUUCUCAGCAUAAUCCUUUACUAAGUUUUCCCCAGAACCCCAAGACGUCCCUUCCUGCCAAGACUGCUAUUCAGCAGACUGAUGAGUCACACCCAGCUCCCUCUAGCUCCUUAACCAGCAGCUCCUCCCCUCUCUCUUCUGCAACCAAACCUUCAUCCCCAAAGCAGAGUCACCCCACAUCAGAUCCUAGCCCCCCUGCUUCCAGAUGCCCUGUAACCCCUUCCCGAAAAAGGGGCCGCCCUAAAUCCCACACCUCUAUCUUAGAUGAACCUCCCCCUAGACUGUCACCAAACGCCAUCCCAACUGAGGUGCCGCCUUUGGGGUGUGACGGAGUUCAGAAAGCCCCUGUGCUGGAGCCAAGUCCAAUACUGCAGAGUGCUGCACAGUCUAAAUCCAGCCCGAAGAAGCGUGGCCGUCCUCCCAAACGACCCCUCCCUGAGGACCAGAGUGGAGAUGCACUGAAUCAAACUGAUGAUACCCUCAGGAGUACAGAUUUUCAUCCUCCUGAAAAGGGAAACAGGCAGCUAAAGAUCAGGAGGCUGAUAAAUGAGAUGAAGAAAAGAAAGAAGAGGAGACUUCACAAAGUAAUGCUGUCUGGGUAUGUAGGGAAGGAGGCAAGGAGAAGCGAGGCAGCAGAUGGCGAGACCUCUUUAAGAAUGUGUAAAUCGAUAGAGACUACAACAGUACACACGCUCUCAGCCCUGUCCUCCUUUGGGGGUAAGCUGGGCCCUCAGAUCAAUGUUAGCAAGAGAGGGACCAUCUACAUGGGCAAGAGGCGAGGACGCAAGCCUAAAGCUCAAACAGCUAACCUAAAUUCCAACUCCCAGAACUACACUCAGUCGUCUCUGUUUACCAAUCCCUCUGAAACAUCUCUCUUCUCAUCUAACCAAUCCCAGCCUCCUCCCUCUCACCCCUUUCCCUCCCCAUCUCUCACCCACUCCAGUGGGGCCCAGAGCCCUUACAGUGAGGGAAGCGUCACAGAACCUACAUCCCUACUUUUUCCUCACCCUUUCUCCCUCCCUUCCCCAUCAUCCUCCUGUACCUCCCCCCGUCCUCCCUCCUCCUCAUCCCUCUCUCCCUUUGUGAAGAAGAGUUGUCCAUGCCAGGGAAGGCAUCACUUCCCCUUUCACCAGUCUUCAUGUAAGCUGUCCUGUCCCACCCCUCCACUGCAUCACACACCUGGCUCUCCUGGCCACCUAAAAGAGGCCACCCCCUCCCCCAGGAGCGAAUCGCACAGCGAAGAGACGUUGCCUAGUGACAGCGGCAUUGGAACGGAUAACAACAGCGUCUCUGAGCGAGGGGAGAUGAGGGGAGCUCGAGGCAUGCUCAGGUUGGGUCAAGGGUCAGUGAUUCUAGGGGGUCAAAAACACUCCUCUUUUGUGGACCGUUCCUCCUCUGUCUCCUCACCCCUCUCUCACAUCCCUAGACACACAAACCCCAUCACCAACUCGACUACUCUGGAGCAGCACAGAGAUAGACACAGGCACAGGCGGAGGGAUUACGACUGCUCCUCUUCCUGUACUUGCUUGUGCCCGUGCCCCUGUCCAGGACACAACAAGUGCACUCAUUCGGACUAUUAUUCUUGCCUUGGGCACAAUGCACUGAAGAGACAGAAAAAUAAACACAAGAAGAAGCACCAGCAGCUGCACAUGCAGGAUCCAGAGUUUCUGUCUGAACUAGAAGAUCUGAUCGCUCAAUUCAGCGAGGUCCAUAUCGGAAGGAGAAGUUGGGCAAGGACAGGAUUGGGACAGGGAUUUGAUGGGAGUGGAAACGCUGCUGGGGGAAGGCGCCAUCACUCUUCCUCUCAUUCUCUCCGCUCCAACAUCUUCAGGAUCAAUCUGAAUGGCUUUUACUCGCCUCACCCUUCAUCUUACUCUGCUAAUCCCUCCUUCUCCCCCCAGCCUUUCUACCCCUGCCAGCCAGUGCAUUGUAACAGAAAGCCGGACCGUAGGCAGUGCGGUUGCCCUUCAAAGUUCCAGGAGACCAUUGAAAAUAUGGGCUUUUACAGCAGCUAUCCCCCAGCCACAACACUUUACCACCACCUACCCAGCUCCUACCCGCUUCCAUCUCCUCACCAGUACGCCCCACAUCAGCCCCACCAUGCCCACUUCCUCCUCAACCCUGCUAGAUUCCACAGACGCAGGAGCAGGUUGCUGAGGGAGGGAGCUUUAGGAGGAGAGGUCGAAGGAGAUAUGGGAGGAGGCGGUGGAGGAGGCCCACACCUCAGCUCAGGGUUCACAUCCAGCCUCUCCUGUGGCUGUGGCAGGAGCGAACACAAACACAAACACAAACAUCGUCACAGGCAAUGUGAGCGAGACAUGGAUGACGAGGAGGAGUUGCAUGAGGAUGAGGAGGAAGACGGUAUGGAGAGAGAAGGGCUGUCCAGUUCAAAGCCAAGGUCAAGAUUCAUUUUAGGGCAAGGAGAAGGAGUAAGGAAAGGGACAAGAGGAAUGGGGAGUAUGAUGUCGCCUUGGUUAUGUGAGAACGGAAAUGAUUCCUUCUCCUCUGCUGCUGCCUCAUCAUCUUCAUCUUCAACCGAGAGGUUCAAACAUACAUCUCUCACCUCACUGGGCCUGGGUUCCUCUCACCUGUCUUCAUUUGGAGGAGGCUGGGGUGGCCUGGGCCAGAGUUGGACUAAACUCGGGGGCCUUGGAGGUACAGGAUUUGGAAACUCCAGCUGGAGAUCCUUCAACGGGGAGCGACACACAGGCCGAAUUAUUGAAUCAGACGGAGAGGACGAUGAUGGGGAGGACGUUCAACAGUCACAUCUGUACAGGACGUCCCCAUCCCCGACACAUACCAACCUGUUCACAUCAGCUGCCAUGGCAACAGGGGGGCGCGGUCUGAGGAGUGGAUUGGCCAGUAGGAAUCAAGGAAGUGGAGACCGGUCAUGGAGGAGAGACGAGCCAGCUUGGACAGAGAGGAGAGAAGCAGGUUUACAAGGUGACUCAAGAAGCCGGGGGCAGCAGAAAAGUGUGCCAACACCAGACAGCGUGGAGGUGAAAAACAAAAGAAGGCCAGGACGGCCCAGGAAGCACCCACUGCCCUCCACUUUAUCUUCCCCCACACACUCCUCUGCAGCUCCCCCCAUGUCAUCACCCGACCUCUUGCCAGGAUACAGCCACAGCAGAGAUGGGAGAGAAGUGGGAGGGAGAAGAGAAGAAAGGGGCCCGGAGAGAGAUCGAGGAGGAAACGACACAGUGCAGCAGGUGACAGAGUCAGAGCUGCAAGCCAAGAGGAAGAGAGGACGAAAGAGAAAACAUGGUGACUCUCCCUGUCAUCAGAGUGUCGCCGAGGAUAAACCGGAGUGUGACACCCCCACUGAAUGUUUUAGCCAAUCAGAUGUCGACCAGGCUCCGUCCCAACCAGUAACCGUCCAAAGAGAGGAGAGAGCAGAUGGUCCUCCCAGGAAGAAGUUUCUGAGGGCUGGUCUUUAUUCUGAUGAUUAUAAAACUACAGAUCCGCCCUCUCAAGCUCAGCAGUUAUGCAAAGGGAGUAUGGACUACACCCCAGGGGAGCAUGAGUUUAGCCUUUUACCUGCUCCUAUCCAUGUUGGGAAGUACCUGAGGCUGAAGCGAAUUCAUUUCCAGUUGCCCUAUGAUGUUAUGUGGCUCUGGCGACACAACCAGCUUGAAAGGCAGCCAGCUGUCCCCCUGAAGAGGAAGCGGCGUUACUGCCGGGUAAAGGAGAGGACUGUAUCCUCUCACCAGACAGCGGAAGAGAGCUCUAGUGACAUUACCAGCCUCUUUCCUCACCUCGACAUGGAGCCUUUGACCAGCAGUGAGAGGAGCUUUGUGGUGAAACACCACGUAUUCCUCGUGAGGAACUGGGAGCUUGUGAGAGACAGACAGAUCCGAGUGAGGAUAGAGAGGGAGAGAGAGAGGGACGCAGAGGUAGAAGAGAGGGACUCACAACGUCUGUCCUGUGAUGGAGCCAAUGGGGACGACAGCCACAUCAAGUCAGAUCAACAAGUGGGGGUGGAGGUGACGGUUAUCAGCAGUGAUCCCCGCCAGCAGAGUCAGGACACCUCCAGCUUGCUCACUGCCAGCCCCUGUCCCACCGAAACCCAAAACAGACAAGAGGAGGAGGGAGAAGAAGAAAAGCGAGGGGAAGAAGAGGUUUGCAGCAGAGAACAGAGGAGGAAACGACUGAAUGAUUUACUUUUGACCCUGCAGCAUUCAUAAGCUAACGGAGAGAGGUGGGACCACUCCGAGAAAAAGGACCAGGCCCACUACAGGACAGAUGGACAGGAACUGAUGUCACAACAUGGCUAUUAACAGUAGCAGCGCCACAGAGAACAAGCCAGAAAGGAAGAAGAAGAGUUGGACAGUUAUAGCGGCCGAUAAUGCAAGAAAGACAUCUCACACACUGACAGAUGAGUGUGUUGAACCUAGCGCUCUGAAGGGCAUCACACCAAGGAUGAAACCAUGGCAACACAUCUUUUGUCCAAACGGCAAGGGAUGAGAGAAACAGAUAAACUGUCCCGGAUGAAAGAAACAGACCAGCUGAAAUGAAUUUGCACUAGUGCUGGAUGAACAAGCACACUAAAGACUGUAUGUAUGCUGAGUGGACACACUAUAAACACACACACAUACACUUUGAUUGCUCUUACUUCAGCACCUUAAGCAAACUUGGGAAAGACAGACAUUGCUCUGAGACUGAAAGCAGACAUAUAUGGUAUUCAGAAUUUUGGCUCUGAAGUUUCCAAGAGACGAGGAGCUCACACGCUGCCCAGGGGGAACAAAAAUGUAGCCUGGGCCCUAAGUAGGUCAAAAUUGAACCCUCAUUUACUCGUUAAGCUUUCAAAGUCACAUUGCACCUUUGGGAAAUGACAUGAGGAGAAGUGAGCCAGUUUAAAAGCUGUUGAGACAGUGUUAGGGUUUUCUUCACUUUACCAAGACAGUGUCUGCUAUGUACCAGUGAAUAGACAGGGGAGGGGGUGGGCUUAGUGAUAGGAAUGUUGGCAUCGCUGCAAGAGAAUUUCUAAUGAGGUUUUAAGAAAGAAGUUAUUUUUGAAAAAAAACACAAAAAAAAAACAGCUUGUCUGCUAAAGAAAUGGACGAAAUAUAUUCAUGAUAGGAAUGUUUAUUGUUAACUAUUUUCAGUAUUGCUUCCUGGGGAAGGGCGGGCGGGAAGGGUAAAAAAGUG